AUGGGCAAGAAGUUCGGCGGCAAGAAGCAUGCCACGCACAAGGCGGGAUUGUCAGCGGAGGAGAUUUUCGACGAUGCAGAGAUUGCCUUCAUGCAAGAUGACUUUGACACAGCACGUUCCAAGUACAUUCAGGCCUUGAAGCUUGAACCAGAGAACCCAGAAUUCCUGAGUGCAUACGGAGCGUUCUUGUCGGAGACCGGGAGCCGUGAUGAGGCCGUCAGCGUGCUCAGGAAGGCCGCUGAAGUACAGCCUGACGCCGGAUUUGAAAAGUACAUGUACCUUGGCCAGCUGCUGCAUGGUGAGCUGGCGGAAGCGGCGCUCAGGAGAGGCGUCGACAUUUUGAGAGUCGAACUGGACCGUUCGAAUGCGCUCAUCGCCUCGCCCGACACCGAGGACGAGCUGGCGAGCCACCGCGCCGCGCUGUCGUCGCAGCUCUCCUCCUCCCUCUGCUGCCUGGCCGAGGAGCCGCUGCUGGCCGAGGCGCGCGCGCUGGACCCGGCCAGCCCCGAGCCCUUCCAGAACGCCGCGCAGCUGGCGCUGCAGUGCGGGCGCGCCGACGCGGCCGCGGACCUGCUGCGCCAGUCGCUGGGCCUGUGGUACCGCCCCGGCGCGGACGAGGGCGGCGACGAGGGCGGCGGCGACGCCGACGAGGAGGAGGAUCUGGGCAGCGAGGACAGCGGGAGCGGGGCGGGCGCCGGGGACGAGCCCGAGCCGCCCAGUUUUGAGUUCCGGUUCGAGACCGCGCGCCUGCUCCUGGAGCUGGACGUGGAGCGGGACAGCACGCUGGGCGUGCUGGGCGGCCUGCUGGAGGAGAACGACGGCGUGCCCUCCGUGCACCUGCUGCUGGCCGAGGCGCUGACGCGCGGCGGCGAGUACGACGACGCGCUGGAAGCGGCCGAGGAGGGGCUGGCCGCCGCCGCGGCGCUGGGGCGGGAGGGCGCGGAGCCCGACGUGGUCACCUCCCUGGAGGAGCUGCGGGAGGAGCUGCGGGAGCUGAUGCGCCACGGCCCCGCCGAGCCCAUGGAGGAAGGGUCACAGCCCGCCUUGUGA